GCCGAGAACACUCGAAGCGCAGUGCACGGUAAAAGUGCCGACGUGCGAGCCACGUACAACUUUGCGACACACGCAGACGCCACAUAGCGUCCAAAGACUUUUCCCCGCAGCGUUUACGAGCGAUUCCGACAGCUCUUCUGCCCUCGCGACGCGAGAGCACACGCGAAACUACAACAAAGUGCUCGGCACAAAAAAUCACUUCGCACGCACGCGAAACGACAACAGCGCUCAACGCAAGAAAUCACAGCACCAUGAGUUUCAUGGACUCACCCACAGCCUUCAUCCGCAAAGAAAUAGUCGACGCGCUCGACGAAGCGCAAGACAGCGGGGACACCGUCGAGGUCCACCCGCGUGCGGCGUCGCCGCGGCGGCCCCUGCUCACCUCGAAGAGCUUCGAGGACCCGAGGAAGCUGCCGGCGCCGCCGGCGCAGCCCGAGGACGACGCCAGCACGGUCGCCUCGCUCCGGCCGCCGCCGAUCGGGCCGGGCCUCAGCAACAUCAGCUCGCUCACGUCGGCCGAGAUCGACGACCCCGAGCUGCUCAUCCUGGCGUCGAAGACGGCGCCGCCGCCAUUCCUCGAGAAACAGGCCGCGCGGCGCGCGUCGGCGCCGGCCGAGUCGUUGACGGACCUCGCCGCGGCCGCCAAGCAGAUCGCGGCCGCGAAACAACAGCGCCCGGUCGCCAAGCGCCGCUUCGUGCCGCUCCUCACGUUCGCCCUCGGAGCGCUCCUCGCGACGGCGGCCUUCUUCUGGUCUCCAGCUGUCGACUUGGUCCUGCCGCGCGUCGCGCUUAGUGACGCGAAUGUCCAAGCUCCUAAACCGACAUGCGUCGACGAGGCCUGCGCGGUGUGGGCGCACCCGCUCCGCAUCGGCGCCUUCUCACCGCUCGUGAUCCGGCCGGCACCAGGAGCUGAUACCUCACCCGGAGCCUUAGUGGCGUUCCUCGACGGCCACAAGCGCUGGGCCCGCGACCGAUUGGAAAGUGAAGGUGCUCUCCUCUUCCGGGGCUUCCAGGUCACGAACGCGUCGGACUUUGAGAGUGUGGCCGUGUCCUUGGAACCGGGCCAGCUCGCGACGACCUACGAAGGGACGAGCCCGCGCACUUCAUUAUCACCUCAUGUCAAGACGGCGGCCGACCUGCCACCUACUUCGGUGGUCCCGGCCCACGCCGAGAUGUCCUUCGCGCCGCGGCCGCCGGCGCGGCUCUACUUCUACUCGCACGUCUCAAACACGGGUAUUGGAGGCGAGACGCCCGUGUCCGAUUUGCGAGCAGUAGCUCAAGCAUUGACGCCCGCGGCGCGGCGCCGUUUAUCUAGACCUUUACGCUUCGAGCGCGUCUACUACGAUGAGAGGAGCUGGUUCGGCUCGUGGGAUCCCACGAAGACCAAGUCGUGGCAAAGCAUGUUCCCCGGCCUUUCCCGCAAAGAGGCUGAGGUGGCUGCUCGGGAAAAGGGCUACGAGCCCUCGUGGCUGCGCGACGGUUCGCUGAAGCUGUCGCACGUCGUCGGGAGCCCGUUCCGGGCCCAUCCUUCUGAUAACGUGGAGGCCUGGCACUCGCACCUGACGAACCUGCACGUGACGACGGCCUGGGCCGCGGAGUUAGGGAAGGCGGCGCGGCACUUACGGUCGCCGUCGUACGUUCUCCGGUCAUUGUUCUUCUCGGCUUUAUAUGGCUCGGGCCUCGCGGAGACGCUUCUCCACGUCAUGGGGUCCGAGGUCGGAGCGAAAGUGGUCGAGGCCGAGACCGGCGCCGAAGUCGUCGACGUCGAGUACGUGCGCGCGCUCAUGGACAAGUACACGUCGACGCAUCAGCACGAGGACGGCGACGUCAUUGUGUUGGACAACUUCCGCGUCGGCCACGCGCGCAACCCGUGGGACGGCUCGCGGCGCGAGCUGUACGCGGCCUGGACGGCCUAAUCAUCGUGCGCGCGCCACCGUUUGAUACUGUGUCGUUUGUGUCGGCGCGCCACGCUUGUGUAAAUAUACCCCUCAA